ACACAUUACGAGAUUCGGGGAAACAAGCCCUCAAAGAACUCUUGAAGUUUAUGGCCCAUCCAGCGAUUUCCAGCAUCAACCUGACCGCUGCACUCGGCUCUUUGGCUUCCAUUGCUCGGCAGAGGCCGAUGUUUAUGGCUGAGGUUGUCCAGGCAUAUGAAACCCUGCACGCAAACCUGCCGCCCACUCUGGCCAAGUCUCAGGUCAGUAGCGUCAGAAAGAACCUGAAGCUGCAGUUGCUGAGCGUCCUGCGACAUCCGUCAUCAUGUGACUAUCAGGGGCCAAUCAGCACUCUUCUCCUGGAUCUGGGGACAAACCAAGCCGAGAUAAGUCGUCACUUACCUCCCCCCCGUGAGCUCGGCCGCAAGAGAGCCAGAGAAGUGGGCGAGGGGAGCCAGAAGAAAAGCCGCACUG